UCUCUCCGUCCAUGAGUCGGAGUCGGGUUCGAGUUCGAUCAAAACAAAACGCCAUCGAACAACGCUGUUGGACCAUCUCGCGUCCUUUGUAGUCCUGAAACAAUCUUUAAAUUCGCGAAACCGCGUCGUUGAAUCUCCUGUAAAGCAACAAUGACCUUCACCAAGAGCGUGGAUCAAACGACAAUCCUCCAGGGCGACCGAUCAAAGCUCAAGGAUCUGCUGCGGCUUCGGCUCAAUGCCUGCGGUUGGAGCGACCAGGUGCGGUUGCUGUGCCGGGAAGCCAUCAAAGAGCAGGACUCCAUCAACUGUGACGCCCUGGUGCAGCAAGUGACGCCGAAGGCCCGCGCCCUAAUACCGGACACCGUCAAGAAGGAACUGCUCCAGAAAAUCAAAACCAUCCUGGUCCAGCAAGAGGGCAUCGAUAUCUAGAGGUAAAUAUAUUGGGCGGGCUUUCAGCAGUGGAGAGAGUGACGAUGAAAUAAAUUGGAAUAGGAGUUUAAUUGUA